UCUGGUUUGCCAUCUCUACGCGGCAAGCUGCUGCUAAAAUUUACAAAACAAUUUGAAUUAAAAUUAAUUAAUUAAACGCGCAAAUAAAAAAACCACAACAAGAUACAAUGUCCGAUUCUGAAUCUGCUGGUCCGCGUGUGAAGCGCCAGCGAAUAGAUAAAAAUGGUCGCUUUGCCGCCAUGGAGCGACUGCGUCAACUGAAAGGAACGAAGAACAAAUGCCAGGUGGAGGAGCAGGUCGAUGAUGUCUAUGAAGUGGUGGAUGAGCGGGAAUAUAACAAGCGGGCCCAAGAGAAAUAUGGCAAUGGCGAUUGGAUAGAAGAUGAUGGCACUGGCUAUACGGAAGAUGGCAGAGACUUCUUUGAGGAUGAGGAUGAGUACUCGGAGGAGGAGCAGGAAAAAGGCAAGGGCAAAAAGGCAGCCAAGGGCCAAGGCAAGCGACCACGUGAGUCGGAUAAACCAGUCAAGGGCAAGGCAUCCAUAAGGAAUCUCUUUAGCAAUGCUGUGCCAAAGAAGCAGGACAUUAAGAGUAGUGUUAAGGAUGAUGAUAUCCUAGCCGACAUCCUGGGUGAUAUAAAGAACGAGCCUGGCGACGCUCAGGCAACAAAAGUGAUUGCACCAGCCAAAAUGCUGCGCAAAGUGGAGGCAGCAGCUGCCAAAGAUUACGUCAAUAGCUUCUUGAGCAACAUCAAAAGCCAAAAGGAGGAACGUCAAAAGGAUGACAAUGAAAUGCUGGAACGCAUCUUGAAGCCCAAAGAAACGAAUCCACAGAAAAAGACCACGCCUGCUGCUGCUCCUGCGUCUGUUCCCAGCAUUCAACCAAUUAAAAAGGAUGCCAUAAAGAAGGAAGAACAAGAUAUGGAUUACAGUUGUCUAGAGGAUGAUGAGAAUCAAUUUGAGCUGCCCUCUCCAACUAAACCAGCUGUGUCUGUUAAGUCUGCUGCAUCUCCACCUCCUGCUGCUGCUCCUCCUCCUCCAGCUCCUACUUCUGAGCCCGAGGACAUGAGCAAAUUGUUAAACAAUUGGGAAUCCAUUUGUCAAAUGGAUGAUGAUUUUGAAAAAUCUGUUUUAACCACUGACCAAGAUGCCUCUGGUUCCACUUCCCUAGCCAACGAUGAGGAACAGCUGCGUUUCUGGUACUGGGAAGCCUGGGAAGAUCCUCUCAAACUACCCGGUGAAGUAUUCCUCUUUGGACGCAUGGCGGAUGGCAAAUCCAUUUGUGUGCGAGUCCAAAAUAUCAAUCGAGUUUUGUAUCUACUGCCCAGACAAUAUCUACUAGAUCCCAUUACCAAAGAGCCAACUAAGCAAAUGGUUACCGUGGCCGAUAUCUAUAAGGAAUUCGAUACACAAAUUGCAGCCGAACUCAAGCUGGAUAAUUUUCGUUCUCGCAAAGUUAGCAAGAACUUUGCCAAUCAUGCCAUUGGCAUUGAUGUUCCACAGACCUGUGAUUAUCUAGAGGUCCAUUACGAUGGCAAGAAGCCAGCCCCGAAUGUGGCUAACAAGAAAUAUGAUUCGAUUGCCCAUGUAUUUGGUACUACAACGAAUUCAUUGGAACGUUUUCUAUUGGAUCGCAAGAUUAAAGGUCCCGGUUGGUUGCAAAUCAGUGGCUUCAAGACGAGUCCUGCCCCGAUGAGUUGGUGUAAAACAGAUGUCACCAUUAUAGAGCCCAAGAACGUGGAAUUAUUCCAUGAGAAGGGCAAAGCAGCUGCGGCACCGCCUCCCUUGACUCUGCUGGCUCUCAAUGUGCGCACCUCAAUGAAUCCGAAAACUUUAAAGAACGAGAUCUGUAUGAUCUCCAUGUUGACGCAUAAUCGUUUCCAUAUCGAUCGACCGGCUCCGCAGCCCGCUUUCAAUCGUCAUAUGUGUGCCCUGACGCGACCGGCAGUGACCAAUUGGCCCUUCGAUUUGCAGCUACAAUUGGGCAAAUAUAAAUCAACGAAAAUCUAUAAACAUGACUCGGAAAGGGCUUUGCUUAGCUGGUUCUUGGCUCAGUAUCAACAAAUCGAUCCCGAUCUUAUAGUCACAUUCGAUGCCAUGGAUUGUCAAUUGAAUGUGAUUACGGAUCAGAUUGUGGCAUUGAAAAUACCCCAAUGGUCACGCAUGGGUCGCUUGCGAUUGACCCAAUCCUUUGGCCGGCGUCUCUUUGAUCAUUUUGUGGGUCGCAUGGUGUGCGAUGUAAAACGCUCCGCCGAGGAGUGUAUUCGUGCCAGAUCCUAUGACAUGCAAACUCUCUGUCAGCAGGUUCUUAAAUUACAAGAGUCGGAACGAAUGGAUGUCAAUGCAGAUGAUCUGCUCGAGAUGUACGAGAAGGGCGAAAAUAUAACGAAACUUAUAUCGCUAACCAUGCAGGAUGCCUCCUAUAUGCUCCGAUUAAUGUGUGAACUCAACAUUAUGCCUCUGGCCUUGCAGAUAACCAAUAUUUGUGGUAAUACCAUGACGCGAACCCUUCAAGGUGGUCGCUCCGAACGUAAUGAAUUCCUUUUGCUGCAUGCCUUCCAUGAGAAGAACUAUAUCGUGCCCGAUAAGAGGCCAGUGCGACGAGGAGGAGCAGCCAAUGCCAUCGCAGAUAAUGAUGCCACAACAGCUCCAGGAGAUGCAACGACAGCUGGACGCAAGAAGGCUGCCUAUGCUGGCGGUUUGGUGCUGGAACCCAUGCGAGGAUUAUAUGAGAAAUUUAUACUCCUAAUGGAUUUCAAUUCUCUGUAUCCCAGCAUUAUACAGGAGUAUAAUAUAUGCUUCACCACAGUCCAACAACCUGUAGAUGCGGAUGAGUUGCCCAUACUGCCGGAAUCCAAUGCUGAGCCGGGUAUAUUGCCAUUGCAAUUGAAACGUUUAGUGGAAUCGCGACGUGAGGUCAAGAAGCUGAUGGCUGCCCCAGAUCUGUCGAGUGAAUUGCAUAUGCAAUAUCAUAUCCGGCAAAUGGCACUUAAGCUAACGGCCAAUUCAAUGUACGGUUGUCUUGGAUUCGCCCAUUCGCGUUUCUUUGCCCAACACUUGGCUGCUCUGGUCACGCAUAAGGGACGAGAGAUUCUCACGAAUACCCAACAAUUGGUGCAGAAACUGAACUAUGAUGUGGUUUAUGGUGAUACCGAUUCCCUAAUGAUCAAUACGAAUAUCACCGAUUACGAUCAGGUCUAUAAGAUUGGCUAUCAAAUCAAACAGAGUGUAAAUAAGUUAUACAAACAACUUGAAUUGGAUAUAGAUGGUGUCUUCUCGUGCCUUCUGCUGCUCAAGAAGAAGAAAUAUGCCGCUGUCAAGGUGAGCAAGACCCCCAAGGGUGUGCUGAAACGUGAACAGGAGCACAAGGGUCUGGAUAUUGUGCGUCGCGAUUGGUCCCAAUUGGCCAUUAUGCUGGGCAAGGGAGUACUCGAUGAGAUUCUCGCCGAGAAGCCUCUGGAAGAGAAAAUCGAUGCAGUGCAUCAUCAAUUGGAACGCAUUAAAGAUCAAGUUCUGCAAUCGGCUGUGCCAUUGCCAUUGUACGUCAUUACCAAGCAAUUGACCCGAGCUCCUCAAGAAUAUGCGAAUAGUGCAUCCUUACCACAUGUCCAGGUGGCCCUACGCAUGAAUCGCGAAAAGAAUCGUCGCUACAAAAAGGGCGACAUGGUCGACUAUGUUAUCUGUGUGGAUGGCUCCACAAAUGCGGCCAUGCAACGUGCCUAUCACUUGGAUGAAUUGAAGACAAAUGAGAACUUAAAACUAGAUACAAAUUAUUAUUUGGGCAAUCAAAUUCAUCCAGUGGUCACUCGCAUGGUUGAAGUGCUAGAGGGAACCGAUGCCAGUCGCAUUGCCGAAUGCCUAGGCUUGGAUGCUACCAAAUUCCGACAGAAUGUCCAAAGGGUGCAACGUGAGAUGACAGAACAAUCAGAGGGAGAAUCUCUUCUGAAGACCACUCUGCAGCGUUUUAGGCUCUGUGAACCAUUCCGUUUUCCCUGUGUGGCCUGCAAGACAGAGCAAUUGAUGGCCACUGCUUAUCGUCCAGGACCGAAUUCCACGCAUGUCCCAGUGCUGCAGCAUUGCUCCAAUACGGAAUGUUCUACCGCACCCCUACAAUACUUGGCAUACAUAAGAAACCAUUUGCAAUUGUCCAUCAAGACGUAUACCCAACGUUUCUACAAAAAUUGGCUUGUUUGUGAUCAUCCCGAUUGUAAUUAUAAUACCAGAACGUUUACAGCCAAAAAGGAAAUGAGAAGGCCAUUGUGUUACAAGUGCAAAAGUGGAAGUCUCUUGCGACAAUAUACGGAACAAGAUCUUUAUCAACAGCUGUGCUAUUUGAGAUUUAUGUUCGAUCUAAACAAACAGCAAGUGCAACAGAAAUCCACACUAACGCCGGAACUAGAGCAGGCCUAUCGUUAUCUAUAUGAAGCUGUUGAUCAGCAAUUGCAAAGCUCUGCCUAUAAGGUGAUCUCUUUGAAGAAAAUCUUUGGCCAUUCAUUGGCACGGAUGACCUUGCAAACAUCAGUCAAACCUCAUCAGCUUCGGGAUGAUCUGAUAGCCAGCACUUUGGCCGAUGUCUAAAGCUAAACGUAAUGUAAAUUAAACUUUAAUUUUUAUUUUCUUUUCAUAAUUAUUAGUAAUAGACCCUUUAAUAUUAAUAU